UACCUCUCGGUCGAUGCUGUCAAGAGCCUAUUCGAAGUGGAUGAAGUUGAGGUGGAGAGUUGACUACCAUUCUUUACUCUGUUCUAUGAUGAUGCGUAGCGUAGAGUUGCAAUUUGAUUCCCACAUGAUUUAUUCUUCCUGAAGCCAGCCACCCUGUUCCGGUUGUAAUUUUGAAUCCAGUGCAUCGUUUAGUCUCUCUAAUAUGAUGCGCCUUAAUAUUUUGCUUGCUUUCGGGUGACUGCUGCAUGAUUCCUCGCUAUUUCUUACAAAUGCUUAUGUCUCCCUCCUUCGGGAGUUUGACAAGGUAACCCUUCUUCUAAUCAAUCCACAGGUACUUUUCCUUCCUUCCACACCUUCUGCAAUAGUGGUGUGAGCAUGUACGCUGUUGUCUCCGCGUCUGUUUUCAGUGCUUCUAGCAGAAUUUCAUCUGCUCCUUCUGCUUUGCCGGAUUUCAGCAACUUUAUGGCGUUCAGGACUUCCGCUUUUGUCGGAGGGUUCGUGUUCACGUGUAGUUCUGUGGCUGUGCUGCUGGUUAUAUUCCUGGACGAGUUGCAGGUGGUGGUCAAUUCAAGAGUUUUUUUGAAGUGGUCAGCCAACCGCUUCCUUUGUUUCUCCUUUUUGGUAACUAGCUUUCCUUCACCAUCUUUCAUUGGUUUCGUUUGCGUUGAUCUCUUCCCUUCCAGAUAGUAACCUGGCUAUUUGAUACAGUGUUGUCA